ACUGUAUAUCAAUUCAAGGCAUGAUAUAUUUGUAUAUGAUUUGCGAGAAGGUUAUAUCGUAUAUUAAAAUUAAAAUAUGUUAGAAAAUAAUAGAGAUAGUGCUUAUCUCUAAUUUAUAAUGAAAUAAGCAUUUGUCUCAAAAAUGGCAGCUUUAAUGAAGAAACGAGUGCUAGCUGAAUUUAAUCAGAGUCAGAUUAUUAACGAACAACCCCCCAAGCGACUAAAGACUCUGAGAUUAUUAUCGACAAGUAGCUCAAAAAGUGCUACUGACAGCAGCUCAGCAUUAGCUUAUAUAGAAUGCCUAGAAAAAUGUAAGAGUGGAAAUGAUGCUUUACAACUGCUUGUUCGUAUUUCGGAUACUAUAGCGUAUAUAACACCGGAAGAUGUUUCUGUCGCUAUAAAAAAGCUAGCGGAGAGAUUUGCUGUUGAGAACGAAGCUGCAGUUCGAGCUAAGAUUUUCUGGGUGUUUGCUGAAUUGGGAGAAGUAACACCAGACACAUUGGAAAAAGCAAAAAUUGUAAAUGAAACAGCUGAGCUUUUAAGAAAUGAGGAAUCACACAAAGUAAAGAGUCAGGGACUAGCGACGCUGUUAAAAUUGGGAGAUUAUCAAAGGACACUAGUAUUAAAGCUUGCACAGGAACAUCUGCCUGAUACAUGGCAUGGUGUUCAAACACGAUGUCUUUCUAUCAUUGGACGUUAUCUAACUGCAAAUACUGCUGAUGAUAUUUUAUCAUUAAUCGGCAAUUAUGCACAUUCUCAAGAUCCAAGAGUACGUGCUCAAGCUUUUGAGACUAUGGCAGAGUUGCAUUCUCAUAGAGGCUGCAGGCUUCCUGCAAGUUUCUUUAAAGAAGCCUGUGCAGCUCUUCGUGAUGAUUACGAGAUUGUACGCCGAGCUGUUUUGAAACUUAUCUGGCUUCUUGGUAGAGAAUAUCCUGAAAAUAUUGUUGUUGGAACUGAUGGAGAAGAUGUACGUAUGGUGGACUGUGCUUUUUCACAAAUUUGCAGUCUUAUGGGUGAUUUGUCACCUCGAGUAAGAGCUUCGGCGAUGUCGCUUUUGGGAACUAUGAAAAGUGUAUCGCGUCGUUAUAUCGAACAAGCGUUGGAUAAAAAACAGAAAGUAGUUGAAGCAGACAGAUCCGAGGUUGAAGAGAAAAGUGGAUCUUGCGGAGCAUUUAUUCAUGGUUUAGAAGAUGAAUUUUUAGAGGUAAGAACAGCAGCAGUAGAAGCGCUCUGCACACUUUCAUUAGAACAACCAAGUAUAGCUAGAAUUUCAUUGGACUUUAUGGUGGACAUGUUCAAUGAUGAAAUCCAGGAUGUUAGAUUAAGAGCUAUCGAAUCGUUAAGAAAAAUGUCAGCAAGCGUAACUCUUCGAGAGGACCAGUUGGAAACAAUUUUAGGCGCAUUGGAAGAUUUCUCGGGAGAAGUGAGAGAAGGCUUGCACGCUAUGCUAGCCGCUAGUCAUCUCGCCACUACCAAUUGUCUUUACAUGUGUGUUAAUCGUUUGCUAGAUAAUUUAACUCGAUAUCCUCAGGACAGGGAGAGUAUCAGAAGUUGUUUAGCAGCAUUAGGUGCAUCACAUCCAUAUUUAACGUUGCCUCUAGUACCACAACUUCUCGGCCGACAUCCCUUCUUCGACACGCCCGAGCCAGAUGUAGAUGAACCGUCUUAUGCAAGUGUACUUGUUUUAAUCUUCAACGCCGCGUUACAUUGUCCAAGUAUGCACGCUCUGUUUACAGAGCAUGCUUCCAAACAUUAUCAUUAUUUGCGCGACACCAUGCCGCAUCUGGUUCCGCGACUACGGCCAGCACUUACAAGCGGCUCGGGAAUCAAAACGGAAGAUAACGAAGAGAUCAGAGAUCAACGUGGUCGAGAAUUUUUGGAGAAAAUGGUAGCCGGUAUCGAGAAUGCUAGACCGGGAGGCAGAGUUCAUACACAGCUUUUGGAAACCGCAGCCAUUGAUCUUGAUCGCUUAGCAGAGAUGGAUCAUCACAUGGAAGGCGCGGCACGUUUCACCGCCUUGUAUAUUCGAUGCCUGCUGUUAUUGAGGUCCGUCCUCAAAGAAUGUUCCAUGUCCUCGGCAACAUCUAUUUCGGUUAGCUCGAUACCGAAUACCAACAACAAUAUCUUUGUUCUUCUUCAACAUACGCAAAAAUUACAACGUUUAUUUAGUGGAUUAGGCGAGAACGAAAUUAUAUUGGCCAAUGAUAUGUGGUUAAAAGCGCUAGCUAUAGAAUUAGUUAGAGUAACUAAGAGCGCGACCGGCAGUGCGUUACCACUAGCUCGUUACUUCCUAUCGGAAGCGGACGCUUUGCCUCAAGAUACAUCGAGGCUGCCGCCGUUCUCCAGAGCUCUGGUUCUGCAGAUACCCACUCUGGCGGAUGUGAAACCGGGUUCUUUGACGCGGCUCUUAGUACCGUUACUAUUGACACCAGUGAUUCAGGGAGAAGAACGACUGCCGAGACCAUCAGCGACAACGCGCUUUUGCCGAGCGUACAUCGAGGAACCGAGAGGCGACGCCGAUGCCGCACUAAAAUUCACGGGCGGUCUUUUGCUAGGAAUCUCCCUAAAUGCCAAGAUAUUGAAUCUACGCGAUCCUUCUACACUGCGAAUAAAGCUGAGGCAUCCGGAUCAACAAGUGCAAUUAUUGUUACCGCGACAGUCAGAUCUGCGUAUGCAGCAAUCCAAUCAGAAAGAUUACAGAUUGAGGACGACGGUUCUUCUGUCGCAUCAAGUAUGGAUGGAGCCCUGUAACGUAGAGAUUUCCUUGGCAUUGCUGUUACCUUCUGCUUCGAUUUGCACACACUCGCCUUUAGAUGAUCCAUGUGUAAUUGAUUUAUGUAAACCUACGAAAGUGUCAAUUGCACCGAAAGCCAUUAAAAGAGGCAUAUGAUACGAUUACAUCGUUAUACAAUAAUCAAUUUAUACUUUCCGAUUAUUCAAUUUGUAUUUUUACAGAUCAAGAUUUAAUACUUGACGCAUAUAGAGAAUUAGUUUGUUAAUAAAACAUACUAUUUAAACACA